AUGCCAGCAAGAGUGAAAAAAAGCCUCGAAACUGAAGAAAGUAAUGACGGAACAGAGGAGAAGGAGCCAAAGGUGAAAGGAAAGAGUGGGAUCUCUGCCAGCCAAGAUGUACCAGACAGUGAGAAGAGAAGGAAGAGGCCCAAGAAUACAACAGACAAGGAGGAGGAGAAGAGUGAGAAAGUACAGAAAAAGAAGGGAGGGACAGAUGAGAAGGUAAAGAAGAAAAAGAAAAAGAAAGGAGAGGAUUACAUGAAGGAGUAUGCUGAGGCAAUAGAUGGAGAAGAGGAUGGUGAUGAGCAGAACAACAAUGAGCCAGUCAAAAAGGAAAAACAGAAAAAAGAGAAACAUCCAGCAGUGGAAGAUGGUGAGGAGGUGAAAAAACAGAAAGAGAAAAAGAAAAAUAAGAAUAAGAAGACAGAGUCAGAAAGUGAGGUGGCAGCAGGAGCUGAAGAAGGAGAAAAAGAAGACGACAUGGAAAAGAAAAGUAAAGAUGUAAAAAAGAAGAAGAAGUCUGUGGAAGAGGCUGAGGAGGAUGAGGAAGUCCAGGAGGAAGAGACAGAAGAGGAAGAAGAGAACAAAAACAAGAAGAAAAAGGAUAAAAAGAAGAAGAAGGGCUCAGAGAGUGAUGAUGAAAAGAAAGGGAAGAAAGGGAAGAAAAAAAACAAGCAAUUAGCCUACUCUGAGAUCUACCAGCAGGAGAUUAUGAAUUAUCACACUGAGGACUCAGAUGACUAUGAAGAUGAAUACUAUAAGAAAAAAGUGUAUGAGGUGGUGACAGUAACAGGUGAUGUGAAAGCAGCAGGCACAGAUGCUAAUGUUUUUGUCACCUUGUAUGGAGAGUAUGGUGUUACACCAAAGGUUCUCCUUGCCAGCAACACUGAAAGGAGGAGCAGGGUGGCUUUCGAAAAGAACAAAACUGAUGUGUUCCGGAUAAAGACACACAAUGUUGGGCCAUUAAAAAAACUCAGGAUUGAGCAUGACAACACAGGAAUGAAUGCCAGGUGGUAUCUGGAUCGAGUCACAUUGCUGGACAUGAACAGGCCACACCUUCGCCUUUUCUUUGCCUGUAGCCGUUGGCUGGCCCGGGAUGUGGGUGAUGGACUAACAGUGAGAUAUCUUCUGGGCAGCCUUAAUCCUAUGAACAUUCCUAAACAGAACAAGUACAUUGUCAGCGUGUUUACGUUGGAUGUCAAAGGAAGCGGAACAGAUGCAGAUGUUUAUCUGACCAUCUUUGGAGAGCAUGGAGAUACUGGGGAGAGGAAGCUUGUAAGUGAGGGGAAGGAUACUUUUGAGAGAGGCAAUGAGGAUAAAUUCACCAUUGAGAAUCCAAACCUUGGAAGGCUGACAAAAAUCACCAUUGGACACAACAACAAGGGCUCCUCUGCAGGCUGGGGCUGUGAUAAGGUGGUCAUAGAUGAUUUGGGUAAUAAAGAAGUGUAUCAAUUCCCUGUUGAUGCUUGGUUUGACAUAGCUGAAGGUGAUGGAAAAAUACAGAGAGACGUGGCAAUAGGACCUACACAACCAAUGGCGAUGGUGUAUAAUGUCCAGGUGAUGACUGGAGAUAUUCGGGGUGCGGGCACGAACUCAAAGAUCCAUCUGGUUAUGUACGGCCAGAAGGGUAUCAAAAACAGUGGGAAGAUAUUUUUGGAAGGUGGAACAUUUGAGCGUGCUCAGAUUGACAUCUUUAACGUGGAAAUAAUGGAUCUGAUCAGUCCACUAAGCAGAGUCACGAUUGGCCAUGACAAUGCUGGAAUCAGUUGUGGCUGGUACUGUGAGAAGGUGACAGUGUAUUGCCCUUUUACAGGGAUUGAGCAGGUUUUCCCAUGUCGCCGUUGGUUGGAUGAAGAUGUUGGAGAUGGUUUGGUAGAGAGGGAGAUGUAUGAAAUGGUGUCACUGCGAAAACGCAAACUGAAGAAGUACCCAUGGUCACUGUGGAUCUUUACUUCGGAUACGAAAGGAGCUGGAACAGAUGCACAGAUAUUUAUACAAGUUUAUGGGGAAAAGGGCAAAAGUGAUGAGAUGAAGCUGGAGAGCAAAUCAGACAGCUUCGAGCAGGGCCAAUGUGACAAGUUCAUGAUUUUGUUGCCUGAGAUUGGGAAGAUAAGGAAGUUGAGAAUUUGGCAUGAGAAGAGACAUCCGUUCUCCGGCUGGCAUCUAGGCAGAGUUACGUUAAUGAACACCUUGUCGAGGGAGAAGUAUAACUUUGCUUGUAAUCGUUGGCUUGAUAUCAAUGAGGAUGACCAGGAGAUCAUCAGAGAACUGCCAGCUACUGGAGCCCAUGUUCCAGAGCCUCUGCCAUUGGUGAAAUAUCGAGUCACUAUCUGCACGGGGAAUGUAACUGGCAGUGGGACAGACGCAAGUGUGUAUAUGAGCUUGUUUGGAGACCUGGGGGACACGGGAGAAAGAUUUAUGUUCAUGAGCAAAACCAAUGUCAACAAGUUUGAGAAGGGCAAUGCAGAUGAGUUUGUGAUAGAGGCUGUUUCACUUGGGACCCUAAGGAGGGUGAGGAUUGGUCACGAUGGCCGGGGUGGAGGUUGUGGUUGGUUCCUGGAUAAAGUGCUGAUCAGAGAGGAGGGUCAACCAGAGUCUAACAGUGUUGAGUUUCCCUGUAACAGAUGGUUGGAUCGUAAUGAGGACGAUGGACAAAUAGUGCGCGAGCUGGUGCCCAGUGCAGAUGGCCAACGCUUGUUCAAUGUGAGUUACCACAUCGCCAUAAAGACAGGCAGCAUUAGCGGUGCAAGCUCGGACUCAAAAGUAUUCGUUAAACUCUAUGGUGAGAAAGGCGACACCAAUAAGAUCCUGCUUGUUGCCUCAGAUACUAGCCACAAUAACUAUUUUGAGACUGGCCAGACUGACAUCUUCACUGUGGAGACCGCUGACCUUGGCAAGAUAAAUCGACUCCUGAUUGGCCACACAAAUGAGGGCCUGCAAGCAGGCUGGUUCCUGGACAGUGUAUUGAUCUGGGUGCCAGUACAUGGCCUUCAAUAUACGUUCCCCAGUCACCGCUGGCUCUGCAAAGACGAAGCUGACGGCAAAGUGGAAGUUGAGAUCUACCCAAGUGAAAUACUGGAUAUUGAAAAAUUAAUUAACUACGAGGUGACAGUUGUAACAGGGGAAGUUUUUGCAGCUGGCACCGAUGCCAAAGUGUUUCUGCAGAUCUAUGGUGAUGAGGGCAAGACUGAAGUCAUUCAGCUUAAAAGCCGCUCAAACAACUUUGAGAGAGGGACCACAGAGAUAUUUAAGAUUGAGGCUCUGAAUGUGGGGCGGGUCUAUAAGAUCCGUAUUGGGCACAAUGGAGCUGGAUUGGCUCCUGGUUGGUUCCUGGAAUAUGUGGAGGUGAAACGGCUCAUCAUGGCCAUGGUAAAACCUGAGAAGAAAGAAGAAGAGAAGAAAGACAAGAAAAAGAAAAAGAAGAAAAAGGAGGAAGAUGAAGAUCCAGGUGAACUAAAAGAAGUGGUGAAACCAUUUCACUUUCCCUGCAACCGGUGGCUUGCUCGGGAUGAGGAGGAUGGCGAGAUCGUGAUUGAGUUAAUGGCUGAUGAUUAUGAAGAUCUGGAGGAAAACACAUAUGAGGUCUAUGUAUACACCGGCACCAUGUGGGGAGCUGGGACAGAUGCAAAUGUUUACAUCAAUAUCUAUGGCGAGAUGGGGGACACAGGCGAGAGAAAGCUGCGCAAAUCUAACCAUUUCAAUAAGUUUGAGCGUGGACAGGUGGAUGUGUUCACCCUCAUGGCAAUGGAUCUGGGGCAGCUGAGGAAGCUGCAGAUUCGCCAUGACAACAAACAGGCCAGUGCAGGAUGGUACCUGGAACGGGUGGAAAUUGUAGACAUGAAAGAAGAGAUGACGUAUUUUUUCCCCUGUCAGAGAUGGCUAGCAGUGGAUGAAGACGAUGGACAGUUAGCCCGUGAGCUAGUUCCAGUGGAUGAGGCUUUCAUGAUGAGGGAAUCUGACGAAGGAUCUCCAGCACAGCUUGGACUUGAACAGAAAGCCAUGUCGACCACAUACACCAUGCGAAUAAAGACAGGAGACAAAAAGAAUGCCGGUACUGAUGCCAAUGUUUAUACUGUUUUAUUUGGGACAAAAGAUGACACAGGUAUCAUUAAUCUGAAGGCCUCAAAGACUCAUAAGAACAAAUUUGAGAGAGGUUUAAUUGAUGAGUUCACUAUAGAGGCAGUGGACCUCGGCAGCCUUAAAAGAAUUCGCAUCGGACACGACAAUGCAGGUACUUCGCCUGGAUGGUUUUUGGACUGGGUGGAGAUUGAUGCUCCAUCUCUGGGCCAGUGUUUAUGUUUCCCUUGUGGCCGCUGGCUUGAUAAAAAAGAAGAUGAUGGGGCCAUUUUUAGAGAUCUCUACCACAACAAGUUACAGACAAGAUUAUACACGCCCUAUGUUCCAUAUGAGAUUACUGUCUUCACCAGUGACAUUUUUGCGGCGGGGACAGAUGCUGAUGUCUUCAUUGUACUAUAUGGGCAGAAUGGCAUAUGUACUUCUCAAAAAUCUCUCUGCCUCAACAAGAGAGAGAGGUGCAUGAAUUUCGAACGAGGAGCUCAGAAUAUGUUCAUUGUAGAGCUGGAGGACAUCGGUGACAUCAUUGAGAAAAUUAGGAUUGGUCAUGAUAAUCGUGGAGUGAACGGGGGUUGGCACCUUGACAGAGUGGAGAUCAGGAGAUUGCUGAGGAAAGGAAAGGGCUCUGAGACGGCUAUAUUCCCAUGCGAGAGUUGGCUAGCCCACUCAGAGGAAGAUGGUGAGACAAUACGGGAGCUGGUCCCCUCAGACAUCAUCAUUGAGAAGUUGUCUCGAGAUGGGACGCUCAAAAGAAUUCAGACUGAAGUUGAUGAUGCACUAGAGAUUCAUAUAUAUUCAGUGACUGUGACCACGGGUGAUGUGUAUGGGGCAGGCACAGAUGCGAAUGUAUUCAUCACUAUAUAUGGAGACAUGGGGGAUUCGGGAGAACGUAAACUCAGCCAAUCGGAGAACAACCGGAACAAGUUUGAAAGAGGAGCGGUGGACACAUUCAGUAUUGAAGCAGUGGAUCUUGGUGAGGUGUUUAAGAUCCGCAUACGUCAUGACAACAGUAUGCCAAGUCCCGAUUGGUACUUGGACCAGGUUGAGGUUGUGGACACGGAAACAGAUGAAGUGUUUCUCUUCCAGUGCGAGCGCUGGCUGUCUCACAAGAAGGAGGACAAGCGCACCGAAAGAGUCUUCUAUGUUAAGGGAUUCACAGGAGAAAGAGAUAGUGCAUUCUGCCCUAUAAGGAAAGUGGCUACUCUGGACAGCAACAUGAAUAAAAAGGGCAAAAAACGAGCCACUGAAGACGAUGAGGAAGAAGAGGAGGAAGAGGAGGAACCCUCAUUGAUACCGUAUCACUUGACAGUGAAAACAGGCACUGAUCCUGAAGCAGGGACAAACAGCCGUGUUUAUGUCAUCAUUAAGGGGUCAAAACAUAGGCAGACUGAACUUAUGUGGCUGGAGCUAGAAGAUGAGAGUGCCUUCACUCCCCAGGCAUUCGACUCUUUUACCUGUUAUGGUAGAGAUGUAGGAGAGGUAAAAAAGGUGGAGUUAGGUCAUGAUGGUGCCACCGCGGAAAGCUGCUGGUUUGUGGAUGAAUUCACUGUUGCUGUGCCGACCAAGGGCAUCAUGUAUGUUUUCCCAUGUAAAUACUGGCUGGCUAAAGAUCGAGGGGAAGGAUUAACUGCACACGUGUUUAAUGUCAUUGAUGCAGACACUAUCAGCAUUUCACGCAAGGUCAUCUAUGAGGUAACUGUGGUAACAGGUGAUGUCCAGCAUGCUGGCACAGACACACAGAUCUACAUCACAUUGUUUGGUGUGUACGGCAUAUCAGCGGAGAUCCCACUGCCUAAAUUAGAAGACAGGUUUGAAAGAUGUCAGACUGACACUUUUAAUCUAGAGAUUGAGGACAUCGCUCCACUCCGGAAAAUGCGAGUGCGCAUCGAUGGCUCUGGAAGCAGACCGGACUGGUUCCUUGAUAAGAUUGUUUUACAUAACCUUGAGACAGAUGAGGUAGCACUGUUUGUCUAUGAGGACUGGAUGUCCCGCACAUACGGGUCGAAACGUACUCUCAUCUGUGAGAUGCCUGCAAUUAUUGACGAUGAAGAAGUGGUGCAACUCACAACUUACAUUAUCGCAGUCAAAACCAGUGAUGUCGCAGGUGCAGGGACAGAUGCCAAUAUAUGGAUGAUUGUUUUUGGUGAGAACGGAGACACAGGAACUCUUGCACUGAAAGAAAGCGAGAACACCAACAAGUUUGAACAAGGCCUGACCGACACAUUUCGCUUUACAGACAUUCUCAGUCUUGGAGAACUCUCCAAAGUCCGGGUGUGGCAUGACAACACAGGGCUUGCUCCAGGGUGGCAUCUGGAGUCUGUGGAUAUUUUUGAUGAAACCAUGGGGAAGAAGUUUCGUUUUCGUUGUGACCGCUGGCUUGCUAAGAAGGAGGAUGAUGGGCAGAUCAUGAGAGAGCUGGCCUGUGCUAACAAUGAUGUGCUGGACUUUGAUGAAAAAACAAAGUACGAGGUUGUUACAAUAACAGCAGACACAGAUGAUGCUGAGACAAAAGAGAAUGCCUGGAUCAUUCUGGAGGGAAGACUGGGAAGAUCUAAAGAACUCACGAUGGAGAACUCCACCAAAAAGAAACGCUUUCUACAAGGUGCCUUGGACCGGUUUGAGUUCUCCUGUAAGAUUCUGGGUGACAUUGUUAGUAUCUGCUUGGGCCACAUCCCCAAAGAUGGCAAGAAGAACAAAUCAGAAGCCUUCUGGAGGGUUGAGGAAGUCAUCAUCACUGAGAAGAACCUUGGCAACAGGUACAUCUUCCACUGCAAUACCCUCAUCCCACUCUCAUCAAAACGCGAUGACUUCCAGACCUUUGAAUGCACAAAGUUUAUUGAGAGCUUUGCCAGCAAGGCACGCAAACUGGUACCUGUAACAUAUGAGAUCAUUGUGAUCACAGGUGAAGAGAAGGGUGCAGGCACAGAUGCCAACGUGUUUCUUACUGUCUUCGGUACCAAUGGUGAUUCAGGUCGCCGCCAGCUGAAGCAGAAAUUUCGUAAUCUUUUUGAGCGUGGCCGCACUGACCGAUUCAGCAUCGAGCUGUUGGAUUUGUGCGAGCUUCUUAGAGUCUGCAUUGAGCAUGAUAACUCAGGCAUCAGUCCUGGUUGGCUGCUUAACCGGGUUGAGAUAACCAACACAGCUAAUGGGGUGACUACUGUCUUUCCAUGUGACAAAUGGUUGGACAAGAACAAAGCGGAUGGCAAGAUUAAAAGAGUUCUUUACCCCAAGUACUGAAGUCUUGGGAUACCAACAAAGAAUAUGACUGCACUAACAAAAAGCCAAUUAUAUUUCCUCUUAAAUGGAAGCAGUGCAUGUUAAAUACCAGUAUAGAGCGAAAACACAUUAUACAGUAUCAGCACAUGCCUAAUGCACAAAUGAUCAUGGUAAUAAACAUAUUUAAAAAUGUGCUGCCAAAUGGAAUUAUGUAGGCUAAUGGCUAAGUGUCCAUGUUAAGUAUAUUGCACAUGUUCAGUAUUCAUUCAUUAUACAACAGACUACUGAUAUAUGCAUAUAGGAAAAAAGCAAAAAGGGAAAUGAAUGCACUACAAAUGUGCUAAAAAACAUAAACCAUCAUACAUUGUGUACAAGAAACAAUAAUAUUUUGAACUAUUUGAGAUUAAGAUAUUUUAAAUUUUAGUACACAAAAGGGAAAUAGGAAUGGUUUUGCUAUUUAAAUAUGUGCUAAUGAAUAUUCCUCUGGUUCAGAGUUCUCAGGUGUCAGUUACUGCCAUGGUACUGGACACAUGUUCUUUUCCUCUUACAGGUUCACAUUCAAUGAUUAGAUUUAGUUAUGAUAAAACACAUUGGAUAAUUAAGUAAGAUAAGUGAGAUAAUAUGUUAUACAGUAUAUGAAAGAGAGGACGCUAAUUUGUAAUGCUUUUUUUAUACUUUUUUGACAAUAUCUAAGUAUUUCUACCUCAAUGGGAGAGCCUAUAUUACUGUAUAUUGCUGAAUAUCAUAUAAUCUGAAGAACAUGAAUAAGCCUUUAAUGUUUAGGUCAUUGGCUUAAGGAUAUUUGUUCAUUUUUGAUGAACCAUCACCAUUUCUAAUGAUACUGUAUCUCUGGAGCUUACUUGAACAGCACCAGUUUAUUUUUUGCCACCCUAAGUUAAAUUGUGUCUCUUAUUUGGAAAAAUUCUAAACUAUGUCUAAACACAUCGGAACAUUUGAAGCCUGCUAGGGUUGUUGUACAAAAAUAUUUUAAGAGAAUAAGAUGCAUAUGCAUAUGUAUGCAUACGAUUUUUUGCCAGAAACACUACUUCUAAUCUUAAGGGCCGAUUAAAAUAUGCCGACAAGUAAAGAAAGAAAGAAAGAAAGAAAGAAAGAAAGAGAGAUAAAAGAAAGAAAGAAAGAAAGAAAGAAAGAAAGAAAGAAAGGCAUCCAUUUUUAUACUUGAAUAAAUUACUUUUACAGUUUUUAUGAACCUAAAACAAAAAUUUGAAGUGUAUAUAAUGUUUUUUUUAUGUAGAUAUAUAUGUGACAUUAAUAUUAAGUAGUUUAGACAAACUUAAGGAAUUGUUAACUUUGCAGAAAAUGAACACCCAGUUGCACACACAUAAGGUUUUUUUUUAUUUUUUUUAUUUUAGUACUUCAAAUUUGUAGGUAUACUCCAAAGAAUUUUUGUAGUCAUGUAUCAAAAUUUAGUAGCUGUGUUCAAAUAUUAAAUCUCAGAAUAUGAACCUUUUUUUCAGUGUUCCUCUUGAUGACAUUAAAUACUUGAGAAUGAUUAUGAAUGAGAAGGAUUAGGAGCCACUUACACAAA